GUGGAUUUUCAGAUUUGAGGUAAAUAAUACUUUUUUUCCCUAUGAUACAGUGGCUGACUUUACUGCAACAGUAAAGGGCCUUGUUCAAUCUUCAACAGACUCCUCUAAAUGGUCAUGCUUCAGUGGUAGUCAGCCUGGUUGCAGUGCACAAUCUCACCAUGAGAGGGCAACCUUUCCUGUUGCUGAUGACCAGAGCUUGUGCCUUGACCCCACAGGAAUAACAUGGAUACAGAUGUCACGUAGCUCCCCUGCUCAGCUCAGGACCCAGAGAUAAACACCCCACCCCCACACUCUACCGCUCCUAUGAGCAGCAUGAAGGGAGAGCGUAGAGACAGUCCCAGGGUAAGAGGAGAGAGGUGGGAUUCUCCCUCUGAUGGGAAGCCAGCUGUGCUACUAGAACAAGCAGAGGAAGGAAAGGGAGGUUUUUAAAGCUCAGCGCUGCUGUGAAAGCCACAGAACACAAUGUCUGUGAAACCAACUCCCUUACAGGAGCCUAGUAGAUCUGUAGUGGUGUUUCAGGCUCUGCUCUGUAUGUGGCAAAGGGACUCCUGGUGCUGUUUAUGGUGAAGGUGCAGAAAAAUGAGUAACCAUGAGGAUAGGUGCCACACAAUUUGUCUCUCAGCUUUGUGCUCUUAUUUGACACCAGUCAUUCAUGUAACCUGCUUAUGUAACUCCAUCAGAGGGGUAUUGGGUGGUGUAACAGGCCUGAUGUGGAGCUAGGCCAAGCCUGUGUCUGCUAUACAACCUGCUUAGGGCAAUUAUUAUAUUUCCACCAGUGCUCUGAUCUGGCAUGAACAAAAGUCAGCUCUGCCUUGACCAUGGCUCAUAACAGCUGAUCUCUGACCAGUUACCAGAUGGACUACUGAACACAAGGACUGGGGCACUUUGAGUUCAGUUGAAAUGUUGUUUGUGUAUUGUGGUGCAGCCUUAUGAAAACAUGUUGGAGCAGAAUAUGUGGUUACUCUCUGCAGGAUUUCUUUAUUUACACUUAUGCCUCUGAUUUCUGUGUCUCAAUGCUGAUAUCUGUCAUAUAGGUCAUCAGAGGUCCCAGACAACAGAGGGACUGCCUGUUGGAACCUCCUCAGCCAACGGCAGCACUAAGCCCCCAGUGACUGGUUCCAGACUCCCCCAGGCCUCUGGUCACACCCUGGCUGUGGGCUCCAGCCAGCCCUCAACUGCUGCCUCCUCCUCCAGACUGCCCUACAAGUCCCAGGGUGUCUCCAAGAGCAUCCCUUCCAAGGCCAGUGUACACAAUGAGCACAGUGGCAGCACAGGAAAUGCACAAGUUUCUGCAGGAGUAGCCCAGGUGUCUGUGGGAAGACCAGCCUCAUGCAAGACCACAGUGUUAAAAGCUAGACUCCUCUCACACCCAGGGAGUAACAUUGGACCUGCAGGAUGCAAAACUACAGAGUCGACCAGUCGGCUGCCCUCAAGGUCCAGAGCCAGUCCUAUGAAAAGAACUGCUUCAUCAAGACUUCUUCGUCCUGCCGCUGUAUUACCUGUGGACAAGAACAGACAGAGGGCGACACCACGGAGCCAGCCACAGCCUCAACAGCAGUCACCAGCGCCACUGCCGCCCCAGAGGGAUGGGCAUCCAGACCUGGUGCUGGCGGAGGGCAGGGCGGGGGGCAUGGAGAGCUACCGGGCACCGUGUGAGAGGAAGAACCAGAGCCUCCAGCAGCUCCAGGGACUCCUGGCCGCAAGUAACUGCAAAUUUGAGGCCAUUGUGGUGGUGCUGCAGCAGACCCUGGCAGAGCAUGAUGAGGUCAUUAAGCAGCGCAGGGACCUGUCCCAGGAACUGAUGACCUUGAAGGGAGAGCUCGUGAACUCGGCCCGCUCGUGUGAGUUGUUGGAGCGGGAGAAGGAUGAGGUGUGUGGGGCAUUGGAGGGCGUGCUACAGACAAUGCAGGAGCAGCACCACACAGAGCUGGCCCAGCUGGAGGAGAGGCUCAGGGUGUUCUACCAGGCCGAGUGGGACAAUAUCCACCUGACCUACCAGGAGGAGGCAGACCGGUGCAAGGCCCUCAUGGAGCAGCAGAUGACGGAGUUGAGAGCCAGCCACGAGGCUGUGACGUUAGAGCUGGAGGCCAGCCACUCUGAACAGAUCCAAGCGGUUAAACAGCAGUAUGAAGAAUCUCUAAAAGAGUUCCGUCAAGCUCAUGAGCGGGAGCUGCAGACAUUGGACAAAAAACUGAAGGAGGCUGGAGCCACUUUAUCUAUUCAGAUUCAGGAGCUCACCGAGGAGAACACAACCCUGAACCACAGGAUAAAGGCAGAGGAGGACCAGAGAAGGGAGCUGGCUGAGAGAAGUCAGAAGGACUCCCACACCCUGUAUCUGGAACAGGAACUGGAGAGCCUCAAAGUAGUGCUGGAUAUCAAGAACAAACAGCUGCACCAACAGGACCACAAACUGAUGCAGAUGGACAAACUGACGGAGAAAAGCGUUAAGCUGGACGAAUGCCUUAAAAAAGUCCAGCAGGAGAAUGAGGAUCUGAAAGCCCGCAUGGACAGACAUGCUGCUCUGUCGAGACAACUGUCCACAGAGCAGGCGGUGCUGCAGGACUCUCUCCACAAGGAAUCAAAGGUGAACAAGCGUCUGUCUAUGGAGAAUGAGGAGCUCAUCUGGAAGUUGCACAACGGGGACCCGAGCAGCCCCCACAAGAUGUCCCCCACCUCCCCCUCCCACCAUUCCCUCGGCCUCCAAUCACCUCGCAGCUCUGCAGUCUUCACCAGCCCCAUCAAAUCACCUCGCAGCUCUGCCGUCUUCUCCAGCCCUCCCGUCUCACCCAGAUAACAGCAGCCCACCGCUUCCGGGAUGCAGACUCUCUCUUUCUCUCCUCUGAUUGGACUGGGUCCAGGAAGCAGCCUCUCUCGCGCCUUUCUGUUUGGACCGAGUCAUCCCUCCGUACUUAAGAGCUAUAUUAGCUGACCGGGAUUGACGCAUGUCAUCCAGAGAUGGCUACAAUAUCCCUGAAUGGCUCUACUUUCUGUUGACACACUUACUACAGAUCAAUGACUCUAUGAGAAAAGACUGUUGCACAGAAGCACUUACUGAGUGAGACCGCCUCUUGUUCUCUCUGCCUUGUCUGUUAUUAUAGGACAUCUGCCAUAGGGUUAGGGUUAUUAUAGGACAUCAGAGGGUUAGGGUUAUUAUAGGACAUCAGAGGGUUAGGGUUAUUAUAGGACAUCAGAGGGUUAGGGUUAUUAUAGGACAUCAGAGGGUUAGGGUUAUUAUAGGACAUCAGAGGGUUAUUAUAGGACAGAGUGUUAUUAUAGGACAUCAGAGGGUUAUUAUAGGACAGAGUGUUAUUAUAGGACAUCAGAGGGUUAUUAUAGGACAUCAGAGGGUUAUUAUAGGACAGAGUGUUAUUAUAGGACAUCAGAGGGUUAGGGUUAUUAUAGGACAUCAGAGGGUUAGGGUUAUUAUAGGACAUCAGAGGGUUAGGGUUAUUAUAGGACAUCAGAGGGUUAUUAUAGGACAGAGUGUUAUUAUAGGACAUCAGAGGGUUAUUAUAGGACAGAGUGUUAUAGGACAUCAGAGGGUUAGGGUUAUUAUAGGACAGAGGGUUAGGGUUAUUAUAGGACAUCUCAGGACUAUAUAAUGAGACACUAUUUUUGUUACUCUUUCUCGUGGUCAGCAAAAGCGUGUUGCUGGUUUUCCCUCUGAAGACACACACCAGUGCUAUGGGAAGGAGUGCUGUGGUGCUGGUGACCAAAGGCAGACCUGUGUGUUGACUGACUGGGAAUAUGCUCUGCUCUGCUCCUGUCUGUCAUAAUAUUGCUAUGAGAAUCAGCACGGCUAGGAAUCCAAAAAUAACAUUGAAUCUCCUCCUUUGAUUUGAAAAUCAAACAUGAAUCCUGUAAUCUGUAUAUUAAUUGAUGAAAAUUAGGUAAACAUAAACCCUUGUACAACACAUACUACUCAAUACCAUUGUGUUCACUCCUCAUAGAUCAUUCAUGAAAGCUUUCACUGCAGGAACGUCGCUUUCAGUGAUGCAUGCACCACAAGCUACAUGCAAUUAUCUUCAUAAAUUGGAUAUUAGCAAUCAUUUCUGGGGUAUUUAAAAGGUUAAUGGCGUUUCCAUGGUAAUUAAUGGGCGUCCUGCGCUUACGAACUACUUUUUUCUGUUAUUACCCGUCUACAGGUUAUAUAGACCUCUAACUGUUCAGUUUGGUUUCCUGACGGCUCAAAGCUGUGUUUUUAAUGUUGGUUGGUUUGUUUGACCAUGGGACCAAUUCAAAUAAAUGUUUGUGCAUGUUUGACGACCUGUUAUCUAGCACCCCUCCCUCAUGCAAUCCUCCUACUACAGCUUUAAAAUGGGGGGUCUUUAAAAAGAUGUCACUAAGGUUAAAAUGCGAAGAGAAGCUAAGCGUGAUGGACGUGUCUUGGAUAUGUCACAAAUUAGUACCUGUUUGGAUGUGGAGAUUACUGGUGUUGAAAAAAACUGUUUAAUAUAUGCAAUUAAUAAAGUCAUAUUAUGAAAU